AAACCCGGAGGUCUUAGUUUCGCGCUCCCGCCCGCGGCGCCGGCAGAGUGAACAUGGCCCAGGCUGCACGGGUGCUGUGGCCCGGCGGGCGCGCUCUGGCCUGGAGGCUGUGUGGUAACCCGGCGCUCGGAUUACCCGUGCAGAGCCGAGCUGGCUUUGCGGGAGCGGCGGGAGGCCAGGGCCCUGCAGCCAUCGUACCCAAGGGGAGCCGCCGGCUGCUGGGGGCGGCGGCUCUGGCCCUCGGGGGCGCCAUGGGGCUGUACUACACCACGCGUUGGCACCUGCACUCCCAGGACCUCCGCGCCGAGCGCUCGGCCGCGCAGCUCUCCUUGUCUGACCGCCUGCAGCUGACUCUGUACCAGUACAAAACAUGUCCCUUCUGCAGCAAGGUCCGCGCCUUCCUCGACUUCCACGCCCUGCCCUACCAGGUGGUGGAGGUGAACCCUGUGCGUAGGGCCGAGAUCAAGUUCUCCUCCUACAGGAAGGUGCCCAUCCUGCUGGCCCAGGAAGGAGAGAGCCUGCAACAACUGAACGACUCCUCUGUCAUCAUCAGUGCCCUCAAGACCUACCUGGUGUCGGGGCAGCCCCUGGAAGUCAUCAUCACCUACUAUCCACCCAUGAAGGCCAUGAAUGACCAGGGCAAGGAGGUGACUGAGUUCUGCAACAAGUACUGGCUAAUGUUAGACGAGAAGGAGGCCCAACAAAUGUAUGGCGGGAAGGAGGCCAGGACGGAGGAGAUGAAGUGGCGGCAGUGGGCAGAUGACUGGCUGGUGCACCUGAUCUCCCCCAACGUGUACCGCACGCCUGCCGAGGCCCUGGCCUCCUUCGACUACAUUGUCCAGGAAGGCAAGUUCGGGGCCGUGGAGGGCGCCGUGGCCAAGUACCUGGGCGCAGCUGCCAUGUUCCUCAUCAGCAAGCGGCUCAAGAGCAGGCAUCACCUCCAGGAUGAUGUGCGUGAGGAUCUGUAUGAGGCCGCCAACAAGUGGGUGGCGGCCGUGGGCAAAGACCGGCCCUUCAUGGGGGGCCAGAAGCCGAACCUGGCUGAUCUGGCAGUGUACGGCGUGCUGCGUGUGAUGGAGGGCCUGGAGGCCUUCGACGACCUGAUGCGCCACACCCGCAUCCAGCCCUGGUACCGGCGAGUGGAGAAGGCCAUCGCUGAGGCCCCCCAGUGAACUGAGCACCCUGCUGGGAGGGACUGGAAGACUGUGGAAGACUGGCUGCCUGGGACCAGAGGCCGGCACUGGGCGAUGCUCUGCAGGGGUGGCAGGAUCAUUCUACCUCUUGUCCCCCACCUCCACCCCCACCGCAUUCUGUUUCUGACACUGGACAUCUGCUGGGGGACACGGCCCCCUGAGGGGCAUGGAGGGGCGGCCUCCCCCGCCUCCCUGUCCUGGGCUGUCAGUGGCUGCCCUGUCUAACCCUGUGGGUGAGACUGGGAUGGAGUCCCGCUCUCUGGACAAGGGAAGGAGGGAUACCCUAGGUUAGGGGAGAACCGCAUCCUUGGCCCUUUGGGACUCCUGUUCUUACCGACCACCCUUGGACUCUGUCUUGUUUGAAAUAAAACAGUUGCUGUCCCCUUGUGGC